AUGAUCAUCAGGGGAGACUUUGUGCAUUGUCCUCGUCUCGGAGAGCUUCUGGUCCUACAUGAUCAAGUACUCGGCUUCAUAGAGCAUCUGGGAGCCGCGCAUACCCAAGAAUCUCAGGAAAUCCUGAACGAUGCGUCGGAACCUCCGAUCGUGCUAGAACGAGGCACCUUCCUCGUGCCGACUUUCUGUGACUUGCAUUUGCAUGCACCACAGUUUCUCUACCAAGGGACAGGCCUCCAUCUCCCCCUGAUGGAAUGGCUAAACGAGUACGCUUUCAAGGCGGAAGAAAGCUUGGAUGCGGAUCCAAUACUGGCAGAACGUGUUUAUACGCGACUGACAGAAAGACUGAUAGAGAAUGGCACUGGAGCUGUUCUGCUGUUCGGAACGAUCAAAGUCGACACAAAUCUCAUCCUCGCGAGAGUGAUGCAGCGAGCAGGGAUCAGAGCGUUUGUGGGCAAACUCUCCAUGGACAUGUCCUCGCGCCCAACAUACGUCGAGCCAUCCGUCUCAGGAGCUCUCUCGUCGGUGAUUUCGUUCGUCAGCUCAUGUCGUGGCAUGGUCGCGCAUCUGCCUGUACACGAACGCCUGGUGGAACCUGUCCUCACGCCUCGCUUUGUACCUACGUGCUCGGAUGCUUUGUUGCGAAGCCUGGGCGAACUCGCCUCUGCGAAGAACCUUCGUGUCCAGAGUCAUAUGGCAGAGGCCCACGAUCAAGUGGACUACGUCCGUCGAGAACGCGGCAAGUCCGAUGUGGAGAUAUUCGCGCAAUCCCGUCUGCUCACACCACGCACCGUCCAAGCACAUUGUACAUUCCUCGACUCACCCUCGUUAGUCAACGUCGCAAAAUCCGGCGCAGCAAUCGCGCAUUGUCCACUUUCCAACGCGUACUUCUCCGCGAGGCCGUUCCGUCUACGGGAGGCACUUAAUGUUGGCGCAAAAGUAGGACUGGGAACUGACAUCGCCGGUGGGUAUGACAUCGACAUCAUGGGGUGUAUGCGACAGGCUGUCACAGACAGGAUCAUAGCCGUCGCUGAGGAUCGGCAGGGAUACGAUGGAGGGCCCCUUGCCAUUGACUGGAAAGAGGCUCUGUAUCUUGCUACUCGUGGUGGCGCGAUUGCAUUAGACCUACCAACCGGUACCGGCGCAUUUGCUGUCGGAGCACCCUUCGAUGCCCAGUGUAUCCAGCUCUUCGAUUCCAAAUCAAGCUCUGGUAUCGGGCCUCUCGAUUUCUUCGAAGGUCCGCAUCCAACGCAACUUACCUUGGACGUCAUCGAAAAGUGGUGGUGCCUAGGAGAUAUGCGAAACCGGCUUGCGGUGUGGAUCCAGGGUAAACAGCUAUGGGGCAAGAAGCUGGGUGGCAGUGUCUGA